AUGGCACUAAAAAGUGUCAAACCCAUCUGGUUGGAUUGUAUGGGAUGGGCGGAGCAGUUAACAACCUUAGCAAAAGUGGUGGGUAAGAAAGUCAAAGAAGAGGAAAUUUUUGAUGAGGUUGUGGACACUGUUGUAUCCCGAGCUCCAAACUUCAAAAAUAUUCAAUGUGACCUUGCAGAAACUAGGUAUGAAAUUGGAGGAGGAAGCGAAGAAGAAAGAGCAAAGCGAAUUCCUUUUGGCGAUGAUCUCAGAGGUUGUAAAAUCCUUCUAACAACUCGCAGCCAAAACGUAUGUAUUCGUAUGAGUUGUCAGCCACAAGUUCUUCUGAAACUGAAUGAAGAUGAAGGAUUGGCUUUACUUAAAAGCAUGCGAAAAGGGCAUUUUGAAUGGAAAAUUGUGUUUGAGAAAUUAAGAAAGUCAAGACUUGUAGAUAUACGUAACGCCAUUGAUGUUGUGGAUGUAUAUGCUAUUCUCAAGUAUGGAAUGGGGCUAGCUUUAUUUCCAUUUGUGACUCAAUUGAACAAGCGAGGAACAACUGCGAGUAAUGGUUAUAAGCUCAUAGCUUCUUGUUUGUUGAUAGAUGCUGGUAAAGAAGGAUUUGUGAAAAUGCAUGACGUUUUCGCGAUGUUGCCGUGGGAAUAG